AUGGCGGCGGCCCAACAAACCAUGCUGACGACCUUGAUCCCCGAAAUGGACUGGAAUGCAGAUGACCCUGUCAAAACGUUUAAAAAAUUCAAACAAAGGAUCGAACUGGCAUUCAAGACCUUCCUGAAAGACGCCACCGACGAAGAAAAGGUGAGCUACUUACUCUUAUUAGCAGGAGACGAUGGGCUUGAGAUCAGAAAUAGCUGGGACCUAUCUCCAGAACAGGAAAAAGAUCCAAACAAAAUCCUAGAGAAGUUCGAGAAACACUUAGAACCUAAGACAAACCACAGGAUUUUCAGAUAUGAGUUCCAAAGCAUGAGGCAAGGGCCCGAAGAAUCCAUCAGUGAUUAUAUGUCAAGGCUAAAAAACGUGGCAGACAAAUGCAACUUCAAAGACAAGACAGAGAAAGACGGGAGACUGCUAGAUCAGAUGAUCUGGGGAUGUGCAUACAAAAAGGUACAGAAGACCCUCAUAGGGAAGCAUGAACUGACCCUUGCGGCAGCCGUAAAGGAAGCCGUACAGCAUGAGUCUACAGAGAAGUGCAUGACAACGUUGACAAUCUCAACUCAAGCUAAAGAAGCAAAAGUCGAUGCCAUCUCUAGCAGAAAGCAUACUCCAAGCUCAAAACAAAAGGCAAGCUACAGGCCUCCACAGAAACAGAGUUCAAACAUCUGUAGAAAUUGUGGUACCGAGCAUGAGUUUAAUGACAGGAAGAAGUGCCCAGCACAUGGUUCCACUUGUAAUGGUUGUGGAAAGCCAAACCACUGGAGGAAAAUGUGCAGGUCAAAGGGCAAAUCCAAGCCACAAGAAUACAGGGGUUACAGAAAGGCUAAUCCAAAACAUGUGCACUACCAGCAAGCAGAGCAGUACUCCUCAGGAGAAGAAACACUGUCGGUAGGUGCCAUAUAUGUCCAUGAAGUGGAGCAUGAGAAUAAUGUACACAGUAAUGAAGCGUACACAACUUUCCAACUCAAGAAGAAGAUAGGAAAGAAGACAACAAACAUCAAUCUGCGAUUGAAGAUAGAUACAGGGGCUCAAAGCAAUGUCAUGCCGGUAGAACAUUAUCAACAGAUAUUCCCAGAGAACAUGACAAAAGGUGGGGAAGUCAAAGCAGGAACCCUCACACCAAGCAGCACUGUAUUAUCAGCCUAUGGUGGAGACAAAAUCCCACACCUGGGGAAGACAACCAUCUCUGGAAAACACAAAGGCCGAGAGGUCAAGUGUACUUUCUUUGUGACCAAAUCCAAGGGACCAAGCAUCCUCGGAUUGGCAGCGUGCCAGCAGCUAGGCAUCAUCACAAUCCAUGAGAUUCAAGCUACCCCAGAGGAUGGCAAGAUCAAAGAGACGGUGCCGAUCAAGGACCGCCCUGCCAUCCACAACAAGGAACAACUAAUAAAGAUGUACCCGGAAUGUUUUGAUGACACGGUAGGGUGCUUUGAAGAGGAGUACCACAUCACUGUUGACCCAGACGUAGAACCAGUGAUACAUCCACCUCGCAGAGUGCCACUAGAGCUGCGAGAGAAGCUGAAGAAACAGCUGGAAGAGAUGACGAAGAAAGGAGUCAUCAGCGAGGUCACACAGCCAACAGACUGGGUAAACUCCAUAGUAAUAAAGGAGAAACCCAAUGGCAAACUGCGGAUCUGCCUCGAUCCCAGAGACCUGAACUUGGCACUCAAGAGGAACCACUACCCUACACCCACUCUAGAAGAGAUAACACCCUCUCUGGCAGGAGCUAAGGUGUUUAGUAAGCUGGACGCCAGCAACGGGUAUUGGAAUAUCAAAAUAGACGAAGAAUCUUCGCUGCUCACGACCUUCAACACGCCCUACGGCAGGUUCAAGUUCAACCGCCUCCCGUUCGGGCUGAAGGUCUCGCAGGACGUUUUCCAAAGGAAGAUAGACGAAACGUACAAAGGGUGCAAAGGAACAAUCGGAAUUGCUGACGACAUCCAGGUGUACGGGAAGACAGACGACGCUCACGACUUCCAUCUGCACGAAGCGAUGGAGAAGACCAGGCAAGAAGUCUCCUAG